AAUCUAUCCACACUUUCCACAGCUUCUCUAAUUUACUGAUUUCCAUUCAUUUCUUAUCAACUAUCUUAAUUCCUAUCAAGAUCUCGACCAAAACCCAGAGUUUAUAUCGAUUCAAUUCUUAAAAAAACAAAAACCAUGUCGAAGAAAGGAGGAGCUUCGUUGCAGAAGGAUGUUCCAUGGCGAGUCUCUGCUGGAAAACCUAUUCCCAGAAUCCACCAUUCCCCUAUUCUUCGUCUACGUCAAACACCUAAUUCCAAUUAUGCCAUCGCCGUCAUGAAGCACUCGGAUCCGCUAGGAAGUGGGUUAGCGACAGAGGCCAUUGUGGAAGCUGCUGGACCCGAAUGCAUUGUCCCAGGCCAGAUUGUACCUAUUAGAAUAUUUGGUCUUAAGGUGUGGCCGAUUGAAGUUAACACGAAAUUUUUGGAACCUGUCGGUAAAGAACUAAAGUUGCUUGGAAAGUUCAUGGACGAUGCCGUCAACCUCAUGAAUAAGUCAUUUAUAGAUCGUUAGCGGUUUAGGCUUUUUAAGCUAUGGAAAGAAGAUGGAGCAGCUAAAAGGCCUUAUGGGCGGAUUCUGGAUUGUUGUUGCAAUGAAGAAGUAGCAUCACAUGGACCAAAGAGUGACUGUAAAUUCAAUGCUUUACCUUUACUUAUUUUUCUUUUUAAUCAUUUUCUGUCUGUAGUGCCAAGUAGUCUGUGACAAUCUAUACAUGUAAUGAUAACAUUGAGGCUUUUCUAUAACAGAAUUCAGAUGCUGUUACAGUUCUGUAUGAGUUUCCUUCACCAAUUCGAAUAAAUACGGUCUUAUUAGA